AAGCUCGCGUCAUUGACUUCACUGACACAGAAAAAAAACAGAGAGAAAAGAAGCUCAUCAGCUUCGGUUAAAGUUCAAAUUGUUGUGAUUUACAGCGUAAAACUUGGAAGUGUUGGAAGGAACUCCGUGUGCUUUGUGAUCACAAACAAUUGACAAAGCCUAACUCGUCGUGUCACGUCUUCUUGCUUAAAUUCUCAAAUCCCAAUAACACAAGAGUUUUUAAAUUCCCUCAAUUUUCGUGUGCUAUUACAAAAUUGUGUGCUUGCUGGUGGAGUCAGCAGCGCAUGCUUGAUCAACGACGAUCGUCCUUCUCUCAUAGCCUCUGAUCCAACAAUUUCUUCUUCUCAGUUUGGCUUGUAUAAUUUGACCCACACAAUGGCGCAGAGUAAUUGGGAAGCAGAUAAGAUGCUUGAUGUGUACAUUUAUGAUUAUUUAGUGAAGAAAGAAUUGCAUGCCACUGCUAAGUCUUUCAUGAAUGAAGGGAAGGUUGCACCGGAUCCAGUAGCCAUUGAUGCUCCCGGGGGGUUUCUUUUUGAAUGGUGGUCUGUGUUUUGGGACAUUUUUAUUGCGAGGACAAAUGAUAAACAUUCUGAGGCCGCCGCAGCUUAUAUAGAGGCACAACAAGGUAAAGCAAAAGAGCAACAACAGCUGCAAAUGCAGCAGUUGCAACUAAUGCGCCAAGCUCAGAUGCAACGAAGGGAUCCUAAUCAUCCUCCCCUUGGUGGUCCAUUAAAUUCAAUAAGCUCUGAAGGAAUGCUUGGGCAAUCUACUGCUAGUGCACUGGCAGCAAAAAUGUAUGAGGAACGUGUGAAACACCCCAAUCCAAUUGACUCAGAGACAUCCCAACCACUCCUUGAUGCUAGAGUGGCCCUUCUGAAAUCAACAAACCAUCCUGGUCAGAUGGUUCAAGGAAACCCUGGUAGUGUUAAUGCGGCAUUACAACAAAUCCAGGCUCGAAGUCAACAGACCACAGACAUAAAGAGUGAAGUUAACAUGGGCACUGCUCAGAGAUCUUUGCCUAUGGAUUCUUCAAUUUAUGGGCAGGGCAUGAUGCAGUCAAAACCAGGAAUGGGGAAUGCAGGAUUGAACCCAGGAGUUGGUGGUCUUCCGUUGAAGGGUUGGCCUUUAACUGGAAUUGACCAGAUGCGGCCAGGUUUAGGUGCUCAAGUUCAAAAGCCUUUUCUGCAAGGUGCAACUCAGUUUCAGCUUCUCUCGCAGCAACAACAACAGCUUUUAGCACAGGUUCAGGCACAAGGAAAUGUUGGUAGCUCACCUAUCUAUGGAGAUAUGAGGGGAUUUCCUAGGGGAAAUUUAAAUGCCAAAGAUGGUCAGCCAAUCACAAAUAAUGGAUCUAUAGGUUCUCCUAUGCAGUCAACUUCAUCGAAGAUAAACAUGUCACAGAUGCAACACUCUUCUUCUCAACAACAACAGGAUCCUUUGCAGCCUCAGCAAGUACAGCAGAAUAGCCGCAAGAGGAAAGGGCCUUCUUCCUCUGGAGCUGCUAACAGUACUGGUACAGGAAAUACAAUUGGUCCUUCACCCAACUCUCAACCAUCAACGCCAUCCACCCAUACCCCUGGAGACGGAGUUUCUAUGGCUGGUAAUUUGCCAAAUGCCAGUAGCGUUCCGAAAAGUAUUAUGAUGUAUGGCGCUGAUGGAACUGGUGGCCUUGCAUCGUCCACAAACCAGCUGGAUGACAUUGAACAAUUUGGGGAUGUUGGCUCCUUAGAAGAUAAUGUGGAAUCCUUUUUAUCACAUGAUGAUGGAGAUGGAAGGGAUCUUUUUGGCACAUUGAAACGGAACCCUGCACAUUCUGCAGAAGCUUCAAAGGGUUUUUCCUUCAGUGAAGUUGGUUCAAUACGUAAAAGUAGUAGCAAAGUUGUCUGUUGUCAUUUCUCUUCAGAGGGAAAACUGUUGGCCAGUGCUGGGCAUGACAAGAAGGUUGUUGUCUGGAAUAUGGAAACACUGCAAACUGAAAGCACACCAGAGGAGCACUCCUUGAUAAUUACUGAUGUUCGAUUUAGACCAAAUUCAACUCAGUUGGCAACUUCUUCAUUUGACACAACUGUGCGACUUUGGGAUGCUGCUGAACCAAACUAUCCUUUACAGACAUAUACAGGGCAUACCUCACAUGUAAUGUCACUUGAUUUCCAUCCUAAGAAGAAUGACCUUUUCUGCUCCUGUGAUGCUAACAAUGAGAUUCGCUUUUGGAAUAUCAAUCAGUAUUCUUGCACUCGCGUUUCUAAGGGAGGCUCAGCACAGGUGAGAUUCCAGCCAAGAAUUGGACAGUUUCUUGCUGCUGCAUCUGGAAAUGUUGUGUCUAUAUUUGAUGCUGAGAGUGACAGGCAGACACAUUCAUUGCAGGGUCACUCCACAGAGGUACACUCUCUUUGCUGGGAUACAAAUGGAGAUUAUUUGGCAUCUGUCAGUCAAGAGUCUGUCAGAGUGUGGUCAUUAUCCUCUGGAGAGUGCAUUCAUGAACUCAGUCCCAGUGGAAACAUGUUCCAUUCUUGUGUUUUCCAUCCAAGCUACUCCACUCUCUUGGUCAUUGGAGGCUACCAGUCAUUGGAGCUCUGGAACAUGGCUGAGAAUAAGUGUAUGACCAUUCAGGCUCAUGAGGGUGUAAUAUCAGCUUUAGCACAGUCACCAGUCACAGGAAUGGUCGCCUCUACUAGUCACGACAAAUCCGUUAAAAUAUGGAAAUAAAGUUUGCUGAUUUUUUCUUCAAAUCCCCAGUUUCAAGUCCGCUGGCUCUUCAUCUCAUCAACUGCAGAGAAAGUCUGAAUAAAUUUUAAACAUAAAAGCUCAUCAUGUAUUUAAUUUGAUUUCAUAUUUUUUAUUGUUUAUUCUCCCUCCAUUUAUACUUUCUUUUUCUUUUUUCCUUUACAAGUAAUAAGAUGAUGGUUAAAGUUUACCUUAGUUAGAAGCAACUUUACACGCUAUCUCAAGUAUGAAAUGUUUGAUGGUUUAAUGAAGCAAUGACUUAUGAGGCUAUUUUAGGUGGAAA